AUGCACAGCAGGUUUCUAUCUUUGAGGAAUCUGCUUCCUUUUGUUAUAAACACCCCCGACCCUCCCUCAAGCUCCAAAUAGCAGCUUAGCAAGUGGGGGCGGGAAUCAACAUAUCUAAAGAAAAAAGGGUCCCUCUUGAGCGCAGACCCCAGCGAAGGAAUUUUGUUUCCAGUACCACAACCGGGCACACGAUCCUGUCACACCCCGCUUCCCUUCCCCUCCUCACCGCAGCCCAAUUUCAGACGAAGGUGGGGGGGGGGGGAAUUACUGCAACUUUAAAAGCGCCCCAAAAUAAGAAUAUAAAAAUAAGAAUAAAUUCCUUGGUGGUGUCUAUUGCAAGCCGCCUAGAGAAGUGCUCGUGAAACAACUCCCCUCCCCCGACCUCCGGUGCUUGUUUACCCAGGAGAAAAGAGACAAGAAGGCUCGGGGCCCGAGUUCCAGGCAAGGUGCGGCUCGCGUGUGUGUCUCCCUCACGCCUCGGACCGGCUGGGCGCCGCCAUCUUUGGCCCUCCGCCCCCUCGCGAGUGCGCAGGCGCGCGGGCAAUUCGGCGGCGAGGGGGCGGGCUCCAGAGGGAGCCAGCUGACGGGCGGGGCGGGGCAGCGCGCGCUGCUUGAAAAAGGAGGUUCCGGCAGCUGCGGAGCGUUUUGGAGGGAGACGCGGCGCCGGGCGCCAGGUGAGUCGGCGGGUCGGGCGGAAGCGUACAUGCUGUUCCUCCUUGGUGUGUUGUGAGGCUCGCAUUUCCCCUGAUCAGAGAUAGUGAGAAUUGUAGUUCGGCGGCGCCUCAUACCAGCCAGGGGGCAGCUGCCCUCUCUUCCAAUCAAUACAAAUCAAUACAAAUAUAAGAUUCUGCCCCCCCCCCCCCGCACAACAAAAUCCUGGUUGUGCUCAUGGUACCAGCUUUUCUCAAGUUUGGGUCCCCAGAUGUUGUUAGACUACAAUUCCCAUCAUCCCCGACUGCUAGCAUGGGUGGUUCCCAACAUAUAUUUUUUGGCCAUGUCCCCCGUAAAGGUAAAGGGACCCCUGACCAUUAGGUCCAGAUGCAGCAGAUACUGUAUGUUCUAUAUAUAUAUAUAUAUAUAUAUAUAUAUGUAUAAUGUAAAGGUAAAGGGACCCCUGACCAUCAGGUCCAGUCGUGGCCGACUCUGGGGUUGCGGCGCUCAUCUCGCUUUAUUGGCCGAGGGAGCCAGCGUACAGCUUCCGGGUCAUGUGGCCAGCAUGACUAAGCCGCUUCUGGUGAACCAGAGCAGCGCACGGAAACGCCGUUUACCUUCCCGCCGGAGCGGUACCUAUUUAUCUACUUGCACUUUGAGGUGCUUUCGAACUGCUAGGUUGGCAGGAGCAGGGACCGAGCAACGGGAGCUCACCCCGUCGUGGGGAUUUGAACCGCCGACCUUCUGAUCGGCAAGUCCUAGGCUCUGUGUUUUAACCCACAGCGCCACCCGCACCGUUAGACUACAGUUCCCAUCAUCCCCGACUGCUAGCAUGGGUGGUUCCCAACAUAUAUAUUUUUUGGCUAUGUCCCACCUAAGCAUCUCUAAAAUCCUAAUACCCCCUCCCUUGUGACAUAUAAUUCUUAUUAUUCAAAAAGUGAAUUCCUGUUCACGUGGAGGAAGCCUAAAAGGCCAUUCACUGUUAAUAACUCAUUCUCAAAUUGCCCCCCCCAAAUCAAAUUGCCCCCCCUGUGGGGCAUGUGCCCAAUGUUGGGAACCACAGGCCUAGCAAGAGGGGAAGGGGGGACAGAUCCAGUAAAUAAAUAAAAAUAUUUAACUAACUGACCAGUCACAUUGCAGAUAGCUCGGCUCUACCCUCCCCCCCAAGCAAAAUCUUGGCUAUGCCCCUGACCGCUGGUUCUGCAACUAGGGAUGUUGGGUAGUCCAACAACAUCUGAGGACCUGAGCUUGAGAAAGGCUGCCUUAUGCUGACCACCUUGGAUGAGAGAUGGAGGCUCGCAAUGCUAUUUCCCUCUAUUUCUCUCUCUUUCUCUUGGCUUAGGAUGUCUCGAAAGAGCCGCAGAGUUGUCAAAUUGGCAUCCAAGACUCCUCCAGAAAUGAGGAUCAAGGGGGACUCUUCGUGUGGUUCUCCUUCCUUGGAUUACAACACCUUGAAAAGGACGGAAUUGCAACAGUGGUGUAAGAAGUUUGGGCUUCGUGCUACAGGGAAGGUGAGGGGAUGCCGCCACAGUUCAUACCGAACUUCCUGCCCUGUCCUCAUCCCACUAUUGGAAGUUAAGUGGGAAAAGAGACUGCACAUUUCCAAAUUUCUGUUUGGUUAUAUCCUCAUUGUGAACAGUGAUGAAGGAAAUCUUCUUUUCUCAGUCCAGGAAGCCCUGUCUAUUCACAAGCAGCAGCAGCCAUUCUCUCAGCCUAAAGCAGAAUACCUUUCGUGGUGAUAUCUAGCUGCUAAUAAGUAAAGACAUUUUGUGUUCCGACAUGCUUUUCCAGCUGGAUGAAUGGGUUUUGGCCAUAUAUUUCCAUGACAUUAUUUUCUUAAAUAUUUCUGCUGCCUCUUAGUUGUUUUUAUUGUGUCUUGUACAACACCUUCAGAUGUGUGUGAGGAAGAUGAGUAGUAAAUUAAUAAUAACAGUGAGCAGCUACUCCAAAGGUUGCUUUCCACUUACCUAUUCCUUAUUUCCUUUGGUAUUCUGUCUGUUAAAUUAUUAACCUGUGGUCAGGGUCUGUCUUAUAUUUCAGCUUAUGUGCAGAACUUAGAAAAUCACCUGUGCUUUGCAGCUGUUAAUAAUAUAUUUAAAAAUAGUCCUUAACCCAAAGAUCCCUGAUAAAUAGACUGGCAUCAUUUACCUGGCAUUAUUGAACAGGGGUUGGGAGCCGAAUGCCCUGUCACAGCCCAACACUGACAUACAGUAUGCUCUUUUCCCUCCUCAGUAGGUGGAACUAGCUGACAUAUUUAUUUUCUACAAUGCCCUCCAAUUUGUGGCAUUGUGGGAGCUGACAGCUCCCAGUGCUACUAAGCCUCUCUUGCCAGGCAAGCCUUCCACUGUGCCCAGGAAUGUCUCAUACCUGGAACUGGCCCAGAUCUAGGGUUAAAUACAUACUUAUUUCCCUCUCUCCACCCAUCCCCGACCCCACCCCGCUGCCCAGAAUGCAGAACUUGUGGAAAGGCUGAAAGCCUUUCACAGAGACCCUGAGCCGAGAGCAGAAGAAACAAGUAAGACUGACGUGACUCUCCACGAUCCUGAGGUAAGUAGCUCCAGGUCAAAGAUGGUGGGGCCUCAGAUAUCCAUAUGCUGCAUAGAUCAGCCACGGAUGGAGUGGGGAAAUGCAAGUCUAUGUUAGAAAUAAGAUCCUGAUUUCUGGGUGGGAUAAGAAAAUUAGGGGUAUGGAACAUAAGAAGAACCCUGCUGGGUCAAGCUAAAGGCCCAUUUUGUCCAGCACUCUGUUGGCCAACCCAGAUGUCAAUGGGAAGCUCAAAAGCAAGAUCUGAGUCCAACAGCACUCUCCCAAGCUGCAGUUCCAAGCAACUGGUGUCCAGAGGCAAACUGCCUCUAACAGUGAAGGUAGAACAUGGGGUGAGGAACAUUCUUGGCUCUUAGGGCGAGAUCUUUAUCUGAUUCCUCCCUACAGGCCAAAUUUGACUGGUGGCUGAGACAUCCCACCAGUCAAGCACCUGACAUCAUUGUGACUUUGUUUAUUUUAUCUGGAAAAGUAUUUAUAAACCACCCCCUUGCAAAACAUCAGGUCAAGGCAGUGUGCAGCAACCUAAACCUUUAGGAGCAAUGCAGAGAAGGGUUACAUGAUUGACAGGUGGGUUAUCCUGCUCGUCAAAAUGCCUUCUGUGGGGUUUCCAAGGUGCAUUGUAAGGAACCAUAGUCUCAUCUGCGGAGUUAACCUCGGAACAAGUGCCAUUGCAGGCCUCGGCUUGGCAAGCCAAAGGCCAGCAAAGUUUUGGCCGCAUGUGCAGAAUUGAACUUGCCCAUCAACUGCCGUACAUCAGCUGGUUGACAGAUGGGUGUGGCUCGGGGGAAAUGGCCUUGCAAGCUAAACUGAACCCCUGGCGGGCCAGGAUUGGCCCGUAGGCCAAAGGUUCCCUACCUCUGAGGUGGAACAAAGCUGAAGGGAGUAGAAAGGGACUGAUAAAAGUAGGGUUACCAGACAUCCCUGGUUCCGGGGACAGUCCCCGGAUUUGCAAAUCUGUUCCUGGACAAAUUCCAUCCCCAGAAUGUCCCCAGAUUUGCAAAUCUGUCCCCAAGAAACGUGGCAGCGGCAGCCUCAGCAGCCCGGAGCCAGCCUAGUAGCACAGUUGGCUCUGGCUGGCUUCAAGAGCUGCUUGCUGCUUGCUGCCAUGGCGCCCGCCAUUUUUCCUCGCCAGAAGUCCCCAUAUGAUGUGUUGCGCACAAGAUAUGGAGACUUCCCAGAGGCAGACUGGCGGGCGCCACGGCAGCAAGCAGUUCCUGACGCCAGCCAGAGCCAACUGUGCUACCAGGCUGGCUCCAGGCUGCUGACUGCCGCCGCUGCUGCCACUGCUGAAGGGGAACCGGGGACAUCCAGCAGUACAGAUCUCCUGCCCCCUUUGUUUUGACUGAUCGGGGUAGACUCAGGAGUUGCAGGUGGGUGGCCAUUGCCCAGUAUUUUAAAAACUCUGUGCAUAUAUGUUUCACAGGGUGCAAAAGAAGGGCUUUGCACCUUUAUACAAUAUGCAUGUAUGCUUGGGCCCAGGAUCUUUUGCCUCACCAUGCCCACUACUGACUCCCUGUUGCUACUCAGCUUCAAAAAAAAAAAGUGUCCCCGGAUUCAUUGAAAAAAUAUCUGGUAACCAUAUGAUAAAGUGUCCAAAAUAGCACAAUGAAAAAGGGGGAAUUUCCUACUUUAGUCAUGGGGGAGCAAUGGGGUGAAUGGUUGUAGGGGAUAAGGGAAAGCAUAAAGUUGGGAGUGAAGGGGUGAAGCUGAACUGUCACUAACUCUUAACACACACACCCCCUUCCAGACCCCUCUGACAGUCCCUCCUCUGGACCUGACCAAGGCUGUAAAAACUGAGCCCUCUGCAGAGAAAGCAGGUGACUAGUUGUUGUUUUUUAAGGAAGGGGCUCUACGUAAUAAAAGCAGACUGGUGGGAGGACUCUGAGGCUGUGCAGAACGGGGUUUGAAGAAUAUCAGGGAAGGCAGGCCUGCCGAGAUGGGCAAGGUUAAGCCGGCCCUACUUUUCCUUUUUUUUAGAUGUUAUCCAUGGUUGGUGCGUGGUUCACGGCAUGGUGCUCUACCACCCUGUGUCCAGCUGGGCUCCCCUGUUGCUCCGUGGAGGUUCUGUGUGCGUCCAGGAUGGGGAGGACAUUGUCCCCUUUCACCUGACCCCACUCAUGAGCCCUGUCCCUGAUGGCUUCUCCGACAACUACAUCUGUGAGAGCUGUGUGCUCAGGUAAUAAUCAUAAUAAAUUUAUUUAUAACCCGGCCAGAGCCAGGCUCAGGGCAGCUAACACCAGUAAAAUUACAAUAAAAACAUAAUGGGGGGGGACCAAUUUAAAAUACAGGUUAAAAUGCAAUUUAAAAUGCAGCCUCGUUUAAAAAGUAGCCCAUAGAUCAAAACCAUAAGGUGAGGGAAACAUUAGGGUCAGACUGAGUCCAAACCAAAGGCCAGGUGGAACAGCUCUGUCUUGCAGGCCCUGCAGAAAGAUGUCAAGUCCCGCAGGGCCCUAGUCUCUUGUGACAGAGUGUUCCACCAAGUCGGGGCCAGUACUGAAAAGGCCCUGGACCAAUCUAACCACUUUGCAGCUUGGGACCUCCGAAGUGUUGUCAUUUGUGGAGCUUAAGGUCCUCCGCGGGGCAUAUCAGGAGAGGCUGUCCCAUAGGUACGAGAGUCCUAGGCCACAAAGGGCUUUAAAGGUCAAAACCAGCACCUUAAACCUGACCCUGUACUCCACCGGGAGCCAGUGCAGUUGGUACAGCACUGGAUGAAUGUGAUCCUGCAGCAAGGACCCCGUAAGGAGCGUGGUAUCGCUGGUUCUUCUCCUUCCUGUGGAUCCCCUUCCCCAUUCCACCUUUAACCUGUUCCUGUUUCACCAUCACAGGAACAGGGAGGAGCCAAAGAGAUGUCCCACAUGCCUGCAAAUACAAAUGAAACAAAACCGGGCUACUUUGUCCCAGGGCCAAACGCUUCUUCGGGGGAGUAUGUCUCAGUCAUCAUUCCUUGCAGGCGGAGACGUCUCUAAAGACAGAAGGAGGUGAAUAGAGAAUCCACAGAGCUGCCUUUUCCAGAGUAUAUGCAUGUAGGGGAAAUAUGACGGAGCCUGACUCUUUCAGUAAAGCGAUCAAGUGCCUCUAGUUUCGGUUUUUGGGGAUGGAUGAAUGGGACAGUGGGAGAUACAUGAACUAUGCGAAGUUUGAGAAAGGCUGGUACUUGAGAACUGUGUGUUGUCCAGGAGAAGCUUGGAUUUUCACACACAUCCUGCAGAUAAAAUGAAUAGUGAUCAGAAAACGCCUUAGUAUACCUGAAGGAGCGUCUCCACCUCCAUUGUUCAGCCCGGACACUUAGGUCCAGCUCCGAGGGCCUUCUGGUGGCUCCCUCUCUGUGAGAAGUGAGAUUACAGGGAACCAGGCAGAGGGCCUUCUCGACAGUGGCGGCUGCCCUGUGGAACACCCUCCCGUCAGAUGCCAAGGAACUAAACAACUGUCUGACUUUUAGAGGACAUCUGAAGGCAGCCCUGUUUAGGGAAGUUUUUUUAUGUUCGAUUUUUGUGUGUGUGUGUGUGUUUUUAAUAUCCUGUUGGAAGCCGCCCAGAGUGGCUGGGGAGGCCCAUAAAUAUAAAUAAAUAAUGAAUUAUAAUUAUUAUUAAAUUAUUAUUAGUGGCUCCUCUUCCUUUCACAAGACAGUUGAGACCUUGUGUGCAGAAUGGCAAGUCGGUCUCUUCUCCACACACCCCCCUUUUUUGCUUGGAAAUGGUUGUUGUUAAGUAGAGGGGAGUUAGCUUAGGAUAGAUCAGUGAGGUUACAUCCUGCCACUUACCUAGUGCUUAACAUCUCUCUUCCACUCUCCCCUGGCUCUGCAGGACCUUUGAGAUAAAAAAGCUGUACCAGCCCCAAGAGGACCAGGCUUAUGCCCAGCGGGUGAGUCCCCGGCAGCAGUGCUGGCAUCCAUCUGACAAAUGCAGUUGUGCAGCAGCAGGAUGAGAGGCCAAAGUGCGGGAAAGGUGGUAAAAAGGUGAUCUAUGCUAAAGGUGCUUAGGAAAAGGCCCACCACACAGGCUUUGGGGGAAGAUAAAAGGGGGAAGAGGAAGACAGUGUCCAUGGCCUUGAGUUCCUGGGAGGAAAAUCAAGCGACAAAUACUCAUCAUCAACAACAAAGAUGUGCCUGGGUACACCACUCUCAGCAAAAGAUUUAUACACACAAAAUAAUUUGCCCGCCUUGAUCAACAACAACAGAAGAACUCUGUGUUAAAAUGCAAUCGACAGAAAUUUUAACUUGCAACCAUAAGGCGUUUAAUUAUUUUAUGGUUGCAUUUGCCGAACGUUUUGCAUUUUGUAUUUUUGUUUUAUGGUUACUGUAUAUUAGCAACAAACAGCCCAGUGUUGACAGUAGUGGCUGGAUGGGGGACAUGGAAAAUUGUGGGGUGGCGGGGCUGCAAUUUCACCGUUGUUGUUUUUUCUCAGUAGGAAGAAAACCUUCUUUAUUUCAAGGGAAUUGCUUCUGAGUAAAACCUGCUAAAGCCAGCUUUAUUCUGUAAACACUGUGCAUAUGGGGAGUGAGUGAAAUAAUGUGGAAACAAGGAAGGUGCUUUAACAUACACACCCAAAAAUCCAUCCAGCAUCAUCUUCUCUGGGAGACCCCCCCCCCACCAAGUCCCAUGGUAGGAGGAGGGGUCAACCUUGUGUUGUUCUGAUUGCUUAGCAACAGAGAUUAAGCAGUUGAGCUUCAUUAGCAGUGGUGUUGCCUGACAAGUCCAGAAGCACUGGAGUAGUCUUGACGUUUCGUGUUUCAGAGAAAGGUCUGAUCCACUUACUUUCCCCCCCCCCCCCAAAAAAAAUUUGAAUGUUCGCGGCCCUGCUUGUGAUUCCCAGCAAUGGGUAUUCAAAGUGUUGUAGCACUUAGUUCCCACUUGUGGGCUUUCCGUAGGCAUCUGAUUGGCCACUGUGAGAAACGGGAUCCUGGGCUGGACGGACCUUUGGUCUGAUGCACCAGAAAUUUUAUGGGUGUCCCCUGUUUCCCUCGUCCUGGAGCCUUUAUCCCAUGUGAGGAUCUGGCUCGGCUAAUAGAAGGCUUCCCCAUCUGAAUGGCAAUGCUUAUUCUGCGAAGUUGAUUUGGAGGCAGAUGUGGACGACUUAUUCGCUGAAAGCUAUAUGGAUAAUCUGUUUGUAUAAGAUUAUCAGCCUUAGCCCAGUAUACCUGAAGGAGUGUCUCCACCCCCAUCGUUCAGCCUGGACACUGAGGUCCAGCUCCAAGGGCCUUCUGGCGGUUCCCUCACUGCGAGAAGUGAGGUUACAGAGAACCAGGAGGAGGGCCUUCUCGGUGGUGGUGCCCGCCCUGUGGAACGCCCUCACAUCAGAUGUCAAAGAGAUAAACAACUAUCUGACAUUUAGAAGACAUCUGAAGGCAGCCCUGUUUAGGGAAGUUUUUAAUGUUUGAUGUUUUAUCGUGUUUUUAAUAUUCUGUUGGGAGCUGCCCAGAGUGGCUGAGGAAACCCAGCCAGAUGGGCGGGGUAUAAAUAAUAAAUUAUUAUUAUUAUUAUUAUUAUCGGUGCUUUUUUCUGGGGGGACACAGGGGGACGCAUAACCCUAAACAUUUUGUGAAUCUUUGUACUUUUGUUCAUUUACUGUACAGUCAUAUCUCAUGUUACGUUUGCUUCAUGUUACAUUUUUUGUUGCAUCCCGCGGCGACCCGGAAGUACCAGAAAGGGUUACUUCCGGGUUUCGCCGCUCGCACAUGCGCAAUAGCAAUAAAUCGUGCUUCGUGCAUGCGCAGAAGCACCAAAUCGUGUCGCGCACCUGUGCAGCUACGGCGCUUCAGGUUGCGGGCUUUUCACGUUGUGAACAGGCCUCCGGAACGGAUCCCGUUCACAACCAGAUUUACCACUGUAUUUAUUUCCCCCGAUUCAAACUAUAAAAUGGUGAUUUUCUUGAGUCAGAAUGAGAGUAUUAUUUGUUCCAUUUGUGAAUGGCAACCUUUUGCCCAUUUCCUUUUUCUUUUCAUUUAGGUGGAUGGGAUCCUUUCCCAGAUGGCCAGUGGAGAGCUUGGUAUGGACCGAGUAUUGCGUCCCCUCCAUCCUUUGGUUGUUCAUUCCCCAGCUCCUUUUGAGAGAUGA